AUGCAUCGCGCUGUCAAAGAUGGUGUCGAGCCUGUGAAGCAACUUUUGCUAGUAAUGGCUCUCUGUCACAGCGUCGUGCCAGAACCCAAGGAUGAGACGCAGUCUGACAACUCCUCUGGAGACUCGGGCAGAAAGAAGAGUAAGAAACGCUCUAAUCCGGAUCUGGGGGACAACACGGCUGUGCUAGAUGGAAACAGCUCAGAAGAGGCACUUCCAGAAUAUCAAGGGCAGAGUCCGGAUGAGGUUGCAUUAGUUACAUCGGCGAGAGAAUAA